CUGGAAAUGGAAGUACCUACUGUAGGAAGUUUACCUUACUGCAAGGAGUUGUGGUUUUUAAUAUCGGAUACUGUGUGCCGAUGUGAGAAACAACUAGUCGAAGAUGAAAUCAAGAAGGAAACGAAACUUCUUAAGGAAGGACUAUUAUUUUUCAAGCCAUAUACGGAAGCAUCGCUUCAAAAUAUACCCAAAAAUGAUCCCUCACCCCGAAUCUACGAGUUAAUUAGUAAACUCGCACCUCUUCUCAAUUUAGAUGCCACCAUCACGUGGGAUCUAGUAUGUAAUUUUAUAAAAUAUGAAUACCGGAAUUGCGCGGAAACUUUCGCGUCUCAACUCAUAGACUUCACUUCGAUGAAAGCGUUAAUCGACGAUAUUUGGGACUUUUAUUAUUCCGAAAGAAUGACCUUGAUAAAGUGCCUUAAACUUAUGGUCGAAUAUAAAGACAAGGGUCAUCGCUAUGAAAAAGAAUUUGCAAAGUUCUUCGAUGAUGUUUUGUUUGGAACACUCCUAGAGUCUGUUCGAAAACAAAUAGAGAUGUUGAAGACUGUGAAUCCACCUGUACGGUCGCAGCUAUGCUCGGAAGAGUACUUACACAGAUUGUACAACAGUAGUCUUAUUGAAAUGAGAGAAUUACUCCAUAUUUUAACAGUCAUCAUUCAUGAUAUACAUAUCGCGGAUAAUGAAUUUAUGAAGUUGUACGAAAGUAUCGGUGGAGAACCGAGACGGUUAGCAAGUACAAAAAGUCACGAAGAUAAGAAGGCAAUUGCCAGGAAAAUUAAGGAGAUACAAUACAGUCAAGCUGCUCUGUUAUUAGUAGCAUUAGAUGUUAGAAAACACAUCAACAUGGAAGAUUGGAUACAAAAUGUGAGAAAUAGUAUGCAAGAAACGUUCGAGCAAAAAUGCAUUCGCGAUCAUUCUCCUCAAGAUAGUCCGCUGUUUCUAUCUUGGAUGUUAUCGAAUUAUGCUAUCGAUCCCGAAAAUGUCGAUACUUUGAACCGAUUUAGACCAUUUGGUAUCAAAGCUAUACAACAGAAUGUCUUUCAUUACUUGCACGACUUGAUGAAUAGCGAAAUGAUUUGUGAAAAAACUCACUAUGCCGAAAUAGUGCGAAGUAGCGUAUAUAAUCUUCUUACCUUGGUGUGUGCUUUCGUCGAUGAAGACAAAUUGCACGUGCUAAACGGUAUCUUCGACGCUGUUGCUGCCGCGGUUCAAUUUCCUGAAACUGCAGCACGAUUCUGGGCCGAAUACAACGAUGGUUUGUGGUUGAUUUAUAAAUACGCAGCCGAACAAUUUCCAUAUGAAUUCGAACCGUUGACAAAUAUUGCAAUCGGUUUGGCAAGUGCCUCCAAAUCGAGUGCCGAAAAAAUCGCGGUGGAACUGGAUAAUCUGCAAUCGUUAACGCUAGAAGUACCGCGGCAACGGGACCAGAACAAACUAUUGAAACCAUACGAGCAAGAAUGUACGAUUCACAAAAAUCCGUAUACAAUAUCGGAAGAUUCUUUCCGUGAAAAUAUACGCGUAUUAUCGAGCGAACGGGAAGUAGUGAUAUUUCGGCAAAGAGCGAGCUAUUGGGACGCUUUACAUCAUAAAAUAGAACAGCUAUUUUCUCAAGCAGGUUGUGGAAUUACACCUAGCAAUGCAUUGAAUAAAAAUAUGCCCGAGCACGUGUCACAAGGGUUGAAAUUGUUGAAAAGAUUAGCCAAGUACAUUGGGAUACGACAAAGUAUGGUAAUUCCGACGGAAUUAAGUUUCGAAAUCAUAAAUAGAUUUUCCUAUCCAGUAUUACCCGACGAAAAGAUGUACAUCUAUAAAGUAGUUGCAGCUUGCAUCAGUAUUUCGUCGGAACUUAUAUUGGAAUAUCCAGAAGAAAUUUUAUCGCGAAUGCGUGCCGGCGUUUACCCGAGGUUCAACAAUCGUUACCAAAAAACGUUAGAUUUUGCGGAAGCAGUUUCUUUCGAUGGCGGCAUAAUCGCAUCGUGGUUAUCCGCGAUAGAAACGAUCGCUCAUUCUUAUCCAAUAUUGAACGCAUAUUUGGACAUUUUAUCCAAGUAUUUAAUCAGAAAAUACAACGAGGAAGCUUUGUAUACAGUGGAAAUACCUGGAAUGGUGUUUUUAUUGCAAGGUGUUUUACCAAAACUGGAUUCCUGGUACUUCGAUUCGGACGCAGAGCGGAUCGAUUUAUGGUUGAAAAGUAUGUUCUGCCUUCACAGAGCGCUUGAAUCUAGCUUACCGAAAGAAGACAUACGGAACGAGUUACAGCUUGUCGUGGCGUACAGUUUACUGUACCUAGAACCAAGGCACGCAUUACUUAAGCUGAUCCGUACCGGUGAACGUACUUUACACAACAAAAUGAUGGCGGAGACAGAUUGGAUUCGAGGAAAGGGAUUUAAAGCGAUGAAAAGUGUGCAGCUGGCCUUGUCUGUGGUAAACAGAUUACUGAUAUUCAGAAAAUCGUUGGGCCUAGAAAUAGGAGAUAGAUCGCCGCUGGAAGCAGCCUUGUAUUCUUCGCCUCGUGUACCAAACGGUCUUUUGAUAGUACCUACGAUAGUUAACUAUCUGUACGUUUGGUUCAGUCCACCUUUACAAGCGAUGGCUGUUAGGCUAUUGAAAAAAUUUGCCGAAGGAUCAUCUAUGUCGCUGCUAGUUUGCAUGGGAAUGGACGGUACGGCUAUACGCGAGACUUUUGCUUCUCGCAGAGGUCUGAUGUCGCCGACAUGCGUCGCAGACGUCAAGGUUGCCAUUCUCGAGCUGGUCGCUGUAUGCUUAGAGAAGCAACCUGGUCUGACCGAAGCCCUCUUCAACAUUGUACACCCAGCGGAAUGCAAACGGAUCUUUCCCCGAUCGGUGGAGGAAUUUUUCACAGAAGGAUGUAGACAAUUUCUGGUCAAGUAUCUAAAUCGGAUCUACGAAAAGGAGGAUAUUAUAUACGACAGGUUGUACAACAGCACGAUGGCGUUGCUGCGAGCAAUGUGGUAUCACAGGAACGAGAUUCUUGUGAAUUUCUUCCGGAAACGGGAGAAGUUUUGGACCCAUCUUUUCGCUCCACUUUUCAGAGACCUAGUGCCAGGUGUAAAAGGCUACUCUCAUCUGUUGGAUAUCAUCACCUUAGAAUUGUUCAAAAGUACAACCUUGGAAGAUGAUUUCACCGUGAACCUGAAGAAACUUUUGGACAAGUCGAAGGAUUACUGGAAAAAGCUAGCCAUAUAUGUACUCGAUGACGCGCACAUCGACAGCCAAGAAUCGAACAGUUACGAGAAACGAGAUGCGAAUGUGGCGGACUCGCUGUACGAAACCAACUUGGAAUCUUGGUACAACUUUAUCGUCACGCUAACAGACGAAAGAAUAGCAACGAAUUACCCUAUCAACGUGUCUCAAGCACAGCUCAUCACGCAGCGCUCUUUAGAGUCGUUACUGGAACGAAUCAAACAGUCCUGCGACGUUUCCAGUCGAAAAAUGACAAUGUUACUGGGUUCGCUGUCGCUUCGAUGCAUCACUUCCUGGAAACAAAUGUGCGUCGAUGACUCGAGGAUCUUUAAAACAGGGCUGACACAACUGAUGCAAGAAAUAGGGCAGGCUUAUCGUAGUUACGGAAAGUCUUUGCGUCAAACGCUGGUUUCGUUGCUUCUCGGGUGUGUACAGUGCGUGAAAAGCACGCUGCGCGAAGACGCGUCGAGUCUCGAAUAUCUUCUAGCCCACUCCUGCACGAUCGCUACCAGCGAAUUGGAGGAGCUCAAGGAUGCCGCGACUCAAUUUCAGAAGCGUAAACAACAGAAACCCGCGAUGGUCGAGCGAAAAACGGAGGAGAAAAGUGCGGGUGCGGGUGCGGGUACAGGGGCGAUCGACAGCGCGACCGCGCAAAAGAACGCCGACGAAAGAAACGCGGAAACUAUUCGUGGAAUUCGGGAAAGUUUACCGGCAACUUUGACCGUUUGCAUGGUCACGCAACUUUUGCGCUCGUACGUCGAACGAAGUUCACUUACGAAGCAUCAACGAAAGUCUAGCUGUGUCCAGCUAAGACAGAUGAUACCUGAACUGCUGACCUGUAUAGGUAUCACUUUACAAAAAUAUCCGUAUUUAAGAUUUAGCACAGCCGCCUUGAAUUUGCUCAAUUUGAUUAUUCGUUCGCCGUACACUUUGCAUCCGAUCACCGAGAACGACAUCGCAAAGCUAUGGUUGAGCUUGAUUCCACCUGAGGACAUCGGUAAUAGUAUGCUGGACUCGCUGUACGACAAUUGCCCGAAUAGAAAGUGGCGAUGCCAGGACUGGUGGCCACUUUACACGCUUGGUCUUGAAUUUCUAAUAGGACUGGUCACUAGGGAAACGCCUACUAUGUACGUUAAAUCGAUCACAAUAUUCCUUAAUUCUCACGAGUAUCAGCUGAUGGUUGCAUCGACUUUGUUGAGACAUACAGCAGACCUGUUGGCUGCCGACUUGGUACAAUCACUCGUUGCCCUUAUUUACACGAUGGCAUCGCAACCGUACGUUUGGAACUCGAUACAACCGAAUGUCUGCGAGACUCUGAUCAAGUGCAUGUACUUGGCAUACGACAACACCGUGAAUUUGUUACUAAGACCGCGAAUUCUCAAGUUCAUCAUCGACGGUAUCAGCGUGGAGAGUGCCGAGGAAUUGGAAUCUUGCGAUAAAAGAUCGCCAAGUGGCGAAUUGAAAUUGCUAGUUAACAAACUGAUCGUGAUAAACACAACCUGCGCCCUCAGUUUCGUUCGCUUCUCGCCGAGGCUGAACACUCUGGUAGACACUAUAUACACGCAAGAUUUUUGGUACACUCCGAUGGCAGAAAUGAAUUUCGGGCCUCCUCAGAUGAGCAUGAGCUCUGGGCCGCAAUUAACUUACGGCACGAUCAUCAGUUCGACGCAGUUAUUCACGCAGGCUCUGCAUUCUCGAUCUCAACCCAUCACCACUUCGUCGCUAUCUUUCACCACCGGUGGACAGCCGGCCGACAAGACCGAUAGCGCGAAGAAAGAGUGGGAGCAUGCUGUGCCAGAAGAUCGGCGAAUGCAUUCGAGCAAAGAUCUCAGGAGAAUUAUCCACGCGGCAUCCGGUCCCGUUUCGAGAUCUUCCUCUAACGUAGGAGGAGAAUUUCUGGUGUACGUCAGUGGUCUAGACGUAACUGUACCGUUGUUAAGUAGUCCGAGGCUGGUGCGCAGGCCCUACGAUCCUCUUAUUUGCGAGAACACGAUUCUGUCGAGAGCAACAGCCUUGACUAGCGGUAGACACGUGACGAAAGGAAGCGGCGGAGUAGCUGCGGGAAACAACGACAGCCCUGUCGUAGCCAAGUAUCAAAAAUUUAGCGACCCUUGGUUCGAAUCUAUGGAUGAAAACAAUACGAGAUUCGCUCUGGAAGUGAAUCUGGUGUUGAUAUUGUGCCAAGCGUUGGAAGGAAUCAGAAGUCCAAGGAUCGCUCUACGGGAUCGUCAGUUGAUAGCACGCGAAACAGUCACCGAAUUAGGCGUUUUCUUCGAUUUUCUCGAGCAUCGAGGUACACCGGACGAUUGGCAGGUUAAAGGAUCGUUGAUUAACGCCGAUACCAGAAGCGUAAGAACUGUACAACAGUCUGUCGAGUCGAAUCAACCCGCUCUACCAGCGAGAUUGAAGGAAACUCGAAGAAAGGAACUGGAGGAGAAUGUGUUCACUACGGGACGAUUUACGACCAACAUUAGCAGCAUACAAUUCUUGCCUCUGAUGGGAAAGCUAUUGAAAACCAUUGUGGAAUCUUUAGAUUUAACGCAGUAUAGAUAAAACGGGGGGAACAAGUAAAUGUUCCAGAAUUAUUUAUGGUGUAAUCGAUGAAAAUUUGUAAU